UAAAGUGAUAUUUUAUAUAACAAAGUGUUAUCCGUUCGCCCUGCCUGUCUCCAUUACGCCUUUCCCUAUUCCCAGACGGUUUUCUAAUACAUAUAGUUUUCCCGUUUUACAUAUCUUUUCAGAUUACCGACAUACACACACCCUCGCACGUUGAGCAAAAAACUCAAGUUAGCGAAGACUCAAACCACACUAAAGCUACUUUCCUGAGAACACAGUCGACACUUUUAACACAGAGCGACACACAUCGCUUUUCAUUUACAUACAAAUUCACUCGACAAAUUUUCAGAUUCUAUUCAGGAAAAAGUCUACUGUGUUCGAGUGUGUUUACUCGUGUCAAUUUGUGCCUUUUAAAAGGAAGAGGAGAUAAGUUAGCGGAGAUGCACGAUAGAAUUUGACACAUUGCAAAAUGAGCGUGCCGUACUACAUUGUCUAACGCAUGUUCAUUUGCACGUGAGAAUAAUACACGCACGUCGGGCGUAUCAUCAAUGUGGCCUCGUUUUUGUUUGACUCUCAUUCACUCCUACUUGCUCCUACUGCAGAAUCCAUGUCUCUUUUCUCGUCUCUUCCUCGCAUGAAUGAAUCUCACAAAACAGCUGACGCCACCUCACUCACCAUGUACACGAGAUAGUGAUCACCUUCGGGAAUUGCCAGGAGGAAAAUAAGUGGGACCUCCUGCGUGACAGAUCGUACGGCAAUCGCCGUUCGAUAAUAAUUAGUCCGUUCACCGAGUGCAUUACCAGGUGUGAUCUAUAAUUGUAGAAGAGUUACCUCUCCCUCACUUCGAAAUGUCGCUCAAGAAGGAUCUAAGGUUACUCGUGAAACCGUACUACCUGAUAAAUAUCCUCCUCAGUGUCUCCUACAUCUUCUCCAAGCGCCUUCUUCCUGGAGUUUGCAAUUAUCUAUUUGCUCAAGACAACUGCGAGCUUGAUACGAGGGAGACGGAAAUUCUCUUUUUCCUCAUGAUUGUUAUCAUGAUAAGAACAAGGAAGACCGGCAGUGUGACCAUGAUAAAUUACUUGACAUCCAGCUUCGUGUACACGAAGGUGGCAAAUUUGAUCCUGUGGUUUUACGCAGACGUGCGGAUGGGCAUUCUGUUUGCAUUUAUUUUUACAUUGUGCGGAUUGGUAUUACCAGAGCCGACGUAUCAAGGACCUGAAAACGUGAUCUAUUUGCGCGGAGCUAACGGACUGCAGGAAGAGUUGCAGCGCGACACCAAAACGGUCUGGUUGGUGGCGUUUUACACCGCAUGGAAUCCAGCUUGCGUAACAUUUGCGCCGAUAUUUUCUGAACUCUCUGCGGAAUACGCAUUGGAGAAAUUCAAAUUCGGUAAAGUGGACGUCGGAAGGUAUCCGGAUGCCGCGGCGAAAUAUCAUAUCAGCGACUCUAGCACAAGCAAGCAGCUGCCGACGCUGAUACUCUUUAAAGACGGCAAGGAGGUGGAACGACGUCCGUACGCGGAUCACAAAGGGAAGCUCGUAAAGUUUCUUUUCUCAUUGGACAACGUAAAGGCCGCGUUCGAUCUCAAUAAUAUUUACAACGACUGCAAGAAGAAUCCUAUCAAAAGAAAAGAGAAGAAGUCGUUGAAGGCGGACUAAUGAAGUGAAACGUUAGGCAUUUAAUGAGAAGAUACCAGUUAGUAAUUGAGCGGGUUUCAGUUAAAUAAACUUCUACUGUGUAGACAAUCCCGCUAAUGCGUAAUCUCGACCGAGUCAUGGUUCCGAGUUAAAGAUACAAAGUUUCGUGUAAACGUUUUGUUGCGUAUUGCAAUAAUCUGUGCAACGUUGUCGUAUAUUAUCUAGUUUUAUUUAUGUUCGAUCAUCUGUACAUAACAUAUUACUAUUGUUAUUGCAUAUUAUUGCGUAUGGUGUGUGAAUGUGCCAUAUAUAUACAGGGUGUUCAUUAAUGGUUGUACCCACUUUUUACCAUAGGAGCAUGAUUUACCGACGGAUAUGUAUUUCUAACAUAUUAUUAUAUUAGAAAUAACAAAUGCGUGCUCCUAUGGUAAAACGUGGGGACAACCAUUAAUGAACACCCUGUAUAUUUACUAAUGUAAAAUUCAAAUACAUACAGAAAGAGCUUGUUAUACAAUUAACAGUUUAACGUUGCGUCGUUUCCUUUUGAAAUAGGCUUGACAUAGUUGUUGAAUAAAGGCUGAUCGUUGGCACAUA